AUGUCAUUCGGCCCGGCCAGUCAUGUCAUUCGCCCGGCCAGUCAUGUCAUUCGGCCCGCCAGUCAUGUCAUUCGCCCAGCCCGGUCCAGUCAUGUCAUUCGCCCGGCCAGGCCUGUCUGGUCAUUCGCCCGCCAGUCAUUCGCCCGCCCGGCCAGUCAUUCAGCCCGCCUGUCCCGCCAGUCAUUCGCCCGCCCGGUCCAGUCCAUGUCGCCCGCCCGCCAGUCUGGUCAUUCAGCCCGCCCGUCCAGUCAUUCGCCCGCCCGGCCAGUCAUUCGCCCGCCCGCCCGCCAGUCAUUCGCCCGCCCGCCCGGCCAGUCAUUCGCCCGGCCCGGCCAGUCAUUCGGCCCGGCCAGUCAUUCGCCCGGCCCGGCCAGUCAUUCGCCCGGCCCGGCCAGUCAUUCGCCCGCCCGGCCAGUCAUUCGCCCGCCCGUCCCGGCCAUGUCAUUCGCCCGCCCGUCAUGUCAUUCGCCCGCCCGUCAUGUCAUUCGGCCCGGCCCGUCAUGUCAUUCGGCCCGGCCAGUCAUGUCAUUCGGCCCGGCCAGUCAUUCGGCCCGGCCAGUCAUUCGGCCCGGCCCGGCCAGUCAUUCGGCCCGGCCCGGCCAGUCAUUCGGCCCGGCCCGGCCAGUCAUUCGGCCCGCCCGGCCAGUCAUUCGGCCCGGCCCGGCCAGUCAUUCGGCCCGGCCCGGCCAGUCAUUCGGCCCGGCCCGGCCAGUCAUUCGCCCGGCCAGUCAUUCGCCCGCCCGCCAGUCAUUCGCCCGCCAGUCAUUCGCCCGGCCCGGCCAGUCAUUCGGCCCGGCCCGGCCCGGCCAGUCAUUCGGCCCGGCCCGGCCCGGCCAGUCAUUCGGCCCGCCCGGCCAGUCAUUCGCCCGCCAGUCAUUCGCCCGCCAGUCAUUCGCCCGGCCCGCCCGGCCAGUCAUUCGGCCCGGCCCGCCCGGCCAGUCAUUCGGCCCGGCCCGCCCGCUUGGCCAGUCAUUCGGCCCUGGGCCCGGCCCGGCCAGUCAUUCGCCCGGCCCGGCCAGUCAUUCGCCCGGCCCGGCCAGUCAUUCGCCCGCCCGGUCCAGUCAUCAUUCGCCCGGCCCGGCCAGUCAUUCGGCCCGGCCCGGCCAGUCAUUCGGCCCGGCCCGGCCAGUCAUUCGGCCCGGCCCGGCCAGUCAUUCGGCCCUGCUUGGCCAGUCAUUUGGCCCGGCCAGUCAUUCGGCCCGGCCAGUCAUUCGGCCCGGCCCGGCCAGUCAUUCGGCCCGGCCCGGCCAGUCAUUCGGCCCGGCCAGUCAUUUAGCCCAGCCUGUUCCGUCAUUCAGCCCAGCCUGA